GCGAUGCCAAUAUGAAAGUAUAAUGUGGUGCCCUCCAGGCCUGAAGAAACAUCAAGCAGGGAUCAUGUUCUAAAGCAGACCAACCAUGAAAAGUUUAGGGGCCAGCCACACUCGUCACUUGUCAGACUCUUGUAUGCCUGUGGCAGGUCCCCAGGAGCCGAUAUGCCCUUUGACCCCAGACCCCCAUGGGACAUACCUCCUAAGCCCCAGCAUCAGUCAUUAUGGCACUCUGGAUCCCCACAUGCACCACUUCCCUCCAACAAGCCCCAUCGCUCUGCAGUCUGACUGCCUGCUGCCACUCAACAACCAGCUGACCACCAGCAACACCUUCCCUCGCUUCCAGUUCCCCUCGCAGGUCGAUCAAACUGAGUACACUCAGCAGGGUUGUGUGUCUCAGACGGCCUCUCGCACAGGCACCCUCACCACCUCUGCAUCUAUGGGAAUGGGCUUAGGCCUCGGACUCACAGUUCCACCCAUGAUCAGCAGCGGCACGGCCACAAUCUCCUCAGCUGCAGCAGCCAAGAUGAACCGCAUCCCGACUGGCCUGCUGGACCAGCUAGAGCACCAUGUUCCACUGCAACGCGACGGCUUCAGCACGCUUCAAUUCCAUAGGCGGAGUCGUGGCGCAAAGCAACGCAGUGAGAGCCCUGGACGCAUCCGCAACCUGGUGCACUCUGUCCAAAAACUGUUCUCCAAGACUCAGUCUGUGGAGGGCUCGAGCAUUAAGGGGACCGUGCAGGGAGCCGAUGGCACGAAGGCCACACGACGGUCCAAGAGUAAGGACCGUGCCAAGACAGAGGGUGCCAAGAGACGGGGACGGCCCAAUCUGUCUGGGUUCUGGAGCUCAGAUGAUGCUCUGGAAGAUGAAGCAACAACUCAAGAGGAAACCGGUCCAGUGGCUGUAGCUUAUCGUAACCCACUGAGCAUGAUGACGCUGGGCAGAGCAGUGUCAGACAGCCAGGCGCCCCCCAGAACCCAUGUCCAGGGCUACAAUACCAUUGCUGCUCACCGUUCUCUCAAGCCCUCCAAGAGCAGUGGAGAGCUCAAAACCCAGACAGUGUCCUCAACUGGUGGACCAGCAGGGGAUGGCACACUGGCAAAAAGAGGCUCAUGGUCAACAUUAACUCUUAGCCAGGCUCGGCAGGUACUGCAGAAAGGCACGGCCACAGUGAACCGGACACUGCUCAAGUCUAAGUCCUACCACCAGGAGCUGGCCUCCAACUUCCUACAGGUUCCUGUUGGGGAUUGGAGUGGGAUGCUAGGUAAGGGAGCAGGAGCAGAAGGGGAGAUCCCAUGCAGGAGAAUGCGUAGUGGCAGCUACGUCAAAGCGAUGGGCGAUCCUGAGGACAGCGACCAGUCUGACAGCCCUCCUUCACCAAAACCCUCACCAAAAACAGCUGCUCGGCGCCAGAGCUACCUAAAGGCUACACAACAGUCACUCAGCGAACAACAACAACCACCUCUGCCACCUCGCAACUGCUUGCCAUCUCUGCGAGAACUCACCACCAACCGCAGCCUGGAUAACCUGGAUUGUCUGGUGGGGCAGAGUGAUUCUCAGCACUGGGACAGAGAAAGGAACUUUGGUCACGGCUCGUCCACACUCGGACGGGGUUCUGGUGUUAGCCAGAUGGAUCAGAGCUGUGUGUACUCAACAGCUUACAGCCACAUGGACUCGCAGGCGGUGGAGGCUCUGGAUCUGCCAGCGCCAACCUGCUUCCGCUCGCGCAGCCACAGCUACCUGCGUGCCAUCCAGGCCGGCUGCUCUCAGGAUGACGACUCGGACUCAGACGAGCCUCCACUGAACAUCUGCAGCAACAUGAGCAGUCGUAAUAAGACUCCGCCCCCGGUACCGCCCCGCUCCGCCUCCAAGCCCUUCAUCUCGGUGACGGUGCAGAGCAGCACAGAGUCGGCGCAGGACACCUACCUGGAGCAGCGCAGCGAGGUCAACAGCCAAUCAGGACGCAGCAACUCCUCAGACAGCGCCACCAGCUCAAGAACGGGCAGCCUGGCCAAAGCGCCCAUCCCCCUGAUACCCCACAUCCCCGUGCCCAUCCCCGUGCCUAUCCCCCUGGUGCCCCCCAUCCCUGUACCGGUGCCCAGUGCCCGUGUGAGCAGCCCUCCUCCUCCUCCUGCCCGAGAGACCCAAACCGUGAGCGUCGGCUUCACGCAGGACGAACCUCAGUGCACUGCCAGGAGGAAACUCUCCUCCAUCGGCAUCCAGGUGGAUUGCGUUCAGCCUGUGUUCCGAGAGGAAUACACUCCCACCACGAAGUUCCAGUCCAUCGGAGUUCAGGUGGAGGACGGCAGGCCGCUGAGUCGCUUCAGCAGCAUGGCGUCCAGACAGGAGACGGCUGACGCCGAGACUCAGGACCGGACGGACAGUAAAACGUCAGAGAUCAGCAGCACCGCUUGCAGCACUCAGACGCUCAACUCUCUCAGCAGUGCAGAGAGAUCACAGAAAUCCUUUUACACCAUGUCGGAGAGUGUCGAGGUGGCUCUGGACCCAUCCUCUCUGCCUCCUCCUCCUCCGUCCCUGCAGAGCGUGAGUGUGAACGGAGCGUCGGAGCAGCCCGGAGCCCCGGCGGUGUGCCUCAGGGACGGACACUGCUUCCUCCGACUCCUGCAGGCCGAGACGGGGCGCAUGGACGCCUGGUGCCAGCAGAUGGAGCAGGAAAGCAAAGAGAAGCAGCUCUCGGAAGAAGUGCUGGGGAAGAUCCGCAGUGCGGUAGGCAGCGCUCAGUUGCUCAUGUCUAAGAAGUUCCAGCAGUUUCGAGGCCUGUGUGAGCAGAACCUGGACGUGAACGCUCAGCCGCGGCCCACUGCUCAGGACCUGGCAGGCUUCUGGGAUCUUCUGCAGCUUUCCAUCGAGGACAUCAGCAUGAAGUUCGACGAGCUCCACCUGCUCAAGGCCAACGACUGGAAACUACCAGAGAGCAGCAGCAGCAAGGAGGAGAGGAAGUCAGUGAGCGUGACGACCCCGAAGAAAGUACCGAAGCCCAAAGCAGCGGGGCCAAAGGAGAAGAGCAGCGGAGACUCGGCCGCUGAGAAACAGAGACAGGAAGCACGCAAGCGGCUGAUGGCUGCCAAACGAGCCGCAUCCGAGCGCCAGAACUCUGCCACGGAGAGCGCCGACAGCAUCGAGAUCUACGUCCCUGAGGCUCAGACUCGCCUCUGAGAGAAACCACACACACACACACACACACCUGCAUACUCUCAUGCUUCUGAAGCGUAUGGAGGCACAAAACUACAAACAGUACAAACUUGGGAAAUAAUAACUGUGUGUCAGCGUGGGGAUUCGCGGUGCUGCCGAAGAAGUUUAUUACUGUUCUUGUUGUAAUAAGAAUUAUUCUACAGAGCUGUAAUUAUCUCACGGAAUAUAUCAAACACCCGCCUGUAAAUCGUCUUCAUAUCUCAGACGCCACGUCGCGUGUGUUUAUGUGGGAGUGUGUUCUAAAGAAUCCUACGCCCUUCAGUCACUCAUCCCAACCCGACACGCCCCCAAGCACGCACUCAGGAUUCUGCACGUGUGCACUUGUUUUACAGCAAUGUGGUCUUCCUCUCCUUGCCCUCAUUAUUAUUAUUAUUAUUAUUAUUAUUAUUAUUGUCAAUAGUUCAUGUUUUAGGGCAUUUGAAGCAUAGGAAUGCGAGAUGUAGUUUUUAUGGCGCUAAUCCUCGCCAACCUUCAGGCAUCACACAUUUGACAAUUCAUCAGUGAAACGUCACAACGGUGGCAUUCACCCUGCGUUCACACUCGCAAGAUCCAUUUCCGAAUAAAUUUCCCAUUUUGUUCGAUUUUCUCCAUUUUGUAAUAUGCCUCAUAGGGAAUAAAAGACUGCAGGGCAUGCCGUUCUAGGAAAAUAGUCAAUGGCAGUUUGCCAAUGACUCAAGUUAUUUAUUGACUAAAGAACGAUGCAUACUUGUUGUCCAUUUAUAGUUAUGUGUAACAUCCGUGAAACAAGUUAGUUUCUGUUAAGUUAGCUAUAAACCUGUCGGUCGCUCACCAGUCUCUCUGUUCAGGUUAAAGUGCCAUUCCACCAUUGGAUGUAUUUUUUUGGCAUAAAAUACAAUAUAUUUUAUGACAAC